AUGGGUUCAGUAUCAGGUAAUACACCAUUAAAAGAAGUUGAUAAUGAAAUCUUUGAAUUAAUGAAUAGAGAAAAAGAUAGACAAUUUAAAGGUUUAGAAUUAAUUGCCUCUGAAAAUUUUACAUCAAGAGCAGUUAUGGAAGCAUUAGGAUCACAUUUUACAAAUAAAUAUGCAGAAGGUUAUCCAGGUUCAAGAUAUUAUGGUGGUACAGAAGUUGUUGAUGAAUUAGAAACUCUUUGUCAAAAGAGAGCAUUAAAAGCAUUCCGUUUGGAUGAGAGUAAAUGGGGUGUUAAUGUUCAACCAUACAGUGGUAGUCCAGCCAAUUUCGCAGUUUACACAGCAUUAUUAAGACCACACGAUCGUAUAAUGGGUUUAGAUUUACCAUCAGGUGGUCAUUUAACUCAUGGUUAUCAAACCGAUAAGAAGAAGAUUUCAGCAUCAUCAAUCUUUUUCGAAUCAAUGCCAUAUCAAAUUGGUGCUGAUGGUUUAAUCGAUUAUCAACGUUUAGAAGAGAAUGCAUUAUUGUUCAAACCAAAAUUAAUCAUUUCAGGUGCAUCUGCUUAUCCAAGAGAAUGGGAUUACAAGAGAAUGAGAGCAAUCGCCGAUAAAGUUGGUGCUUAUUUAAUGUGUGAUAUGGCUCAUUACAGUGGUUUAGUAGCUGCUCAAUUAUUGGAUUCACCAUUCGAUUAUUGUGAUGUUGUCACCAGUACCACUCAUAAAACCUUAAGAGGACCACGUUCAGGAAUCAUCUUCUUUAGAAGAGGUAAAAGAGUCGAUGGUAAUGGUAAAGAAAUUGAAGAGUACGACAUUGAAUCAAAGAUCAAUUUCGCAGUUUUCCCAUCACUCCAAGGUGGUCCACAUGAAAAUGUUAUUGCUGGUGUUGCUGUUGCUCUCAAAGAAGCCGACUCUCAAGAAUUCAAAGAGUAUGCCCUUCAAGUUAAAAAGAAUGCCGCUGCCAUUGGUAAUGCUCUCAUGAACAAAGGUUAUAAAUUGGUUACAAAUGGUACUGACAAUCAUUUAAUUCUUUGGGAUUUAAGACCAAAGGAACUCACUGGUAAUAAAUUUGAAAAAGCUGCCGAUAUCGCUAAUAUCACCGUCAAUAAAAAUGCCGUCCAUGGUGAUACCAAUGCAAUUUCACCAGGUGGUAUUCGUAUUGGUUCAUCUGCUCUCACAAGUAGAGGUUUAAAGGAAGCCGAUUUUGAAAAGAUUGCUGAUUUCCUUGAUAGAAUCGUUUCAAUCUCUCUUGAAAUUCAAGGUCGUGUCGGUAAGAAAUUGGUUGAUUUUGUUGUUGAAAUUAAUAAAUCAAAAGAAUUAUUAGAUUUACGUAAAGAAGUUGAAGAAUUCUCUUCAAAAUUCACUUUACCAGGUAUUUAA